AUGUUCAAGUUCAUCAACACGACGGAUGGCCGUCCGCAAAAGCGCAAACAAGCGCAGCAUGCGUGCGAGACGUGUCGGAAGCGAAAGAAACGAUGUGAGCAUCUAGAUAACGCCGUCGCGUCUCCGCCCAAGACUCCCGAUUCGGAGUCGGCGCGUGGCACGGCACGUCCGAGGCCAGCGCGGCGGUCCUCGGAUGCUAUCUCGGCCGCUGUACUGGCCGCCCCGAGGCCAACGCCGGCUCAGGCCCGGCCGCCGCCCAGUCCAACGACUACGGACUCGCGUGAUCGACCGCGUCGAUCCGUUGACGCCCAAGAACCUCCAUCCCGUCACCAAACGGUUGAUGACGACCACGGCCAGCAUGACGAUGCCCGGUUCGUCGGUGAUUUGAACCCCGAAGGUGCCUUUCUCGCCGACAGCCCGGGAACAAGCCGCGGGUAUGCAAAGUCAAAUUCCGUAGGCGUCUGGUAUUCCCGCCGAAAUGUGAGGGGCAAUGAGAUCAGCACAGAAGUGGCAUCCGCUGUCUCAGCUGAUCAUGCCGAGCACCAAUUCCUCGCUGUUCUUCCGAGGAGGGCCUACUACGAGAAGCUAGAGAAGAUCUACCUCCGUGAUGUCCACAGGAUAUUCCCCGUCCUCAACCUAGACAUUCUCAAGAAGCCAGUCUCAACCACAUCGCAAAUCCUCUGUAAACAGGCCAUCUGUCUGGCCGCAGGAUCCAGUCCCAGCGCCAAGCCAUUCCUGAGUCUCGGAGAAGACUCGACCAUCAUUCUGACCUAUCCAGAAUUUGCCCAGCGAUUAUCAUCCGCCAUUCGCAAAGCCAUCGGUCUAGGAUUGGUAAAAGACAGAGUCCAGACAGCGGCAAUCCUCGUGAUUCUCUCGCUGUACACCCAUUUCUCCGAGGAUCGGCAUCUUUCAGCAGAGUUGGCCGCGCAGUCUGUCAGCAACGCGCAAACAGUCGGGCUUCACCUUCAAAACCCACCGGCAAGAAAUGAUGACCCAGCCUACCUCACUCGCCUGUUUUGCUGUGUAUGGGCUACGGACAUACUCACCGCUGCCUUUCAUGGCCGGCCUGUGAUGAUACACGAACGCGACCUUGGCAGGGAUGUACAGGCGUGCAUCCGAGAGCAAGAUAGCUGCUUCCGCCUGUUUCUUGACAUCGUGGCACUGUUGGGUCGAAUAAUCGAUCUAUAUCGCCCGGCUCAGAAGACUUCGAGUUGUCUUGUCAUGGAAGAUCUCCCCAGUUUUGAGUGUCUGGUUGAAAGGGCCCAUGCGCUUCGCGUCGAUUCUCGACUGCUGGGAUCCCUUGAGCUUUUGUACCAUGCCAUCGCCAUUCUCUCAUGCAGAGUACCGGUUGGACCGUCACCAUCUGAGCACGCAUCCUUAGCAUAUACGCGCCAAUCCCUGUCCGCCAUCAAAGUAACCACCAUUGUGGAAGAUUUCGGCUCCUCUCUAUCUUACAUGACAUUUGUGCCAUACGCCGUAUCAUUAUCGUUGAGAGUCGCUUAUCGAGAACUCCGAUCCUGUAAAGUUCCGAUGCUGACCGUCAGAUCUCGACGGCAGCUCCAGGCAAUUUGUCGAAUACUCAGAGAUCUUGGUGGCAUGUUUCGAUCGGCGUUGGUAAUGGUUGAUCUUGCUGAGCAAGUCCUUCAGGAGAUGGAUCAGGUCUGCUCGAAUGCGGCCAACAAGCAGGAUGAACAAGGGGCAAACGGAACGAAUGCAGCGAAUACUCCUCGCCAGGAGGGCCCGCCUGAUCAACAAGGGCCCGAAGCUGGAAACAACGCAGUAGUUAGCACGUUUCCAGAGCAGCAAGGGGACCUGAUAGCGACUUUCGACCCAUCUUUCUACGAAGGCCCUGCUGGCCUCGACGUUUUCGAAUACUUCGAUCCUAGCUUCGACCUCAAUGCCAUCGACGCCAUCUUGGGAGGUGACGCACCUCCUGAGUUCGGCAAUAUGGCACCCAUGCCGUAG